AUGCCUCCAGACCUCAACUCGCUGCCGGCCUCUCCAGCGCCUGGGCCAGAUACAGGCAAUGGCUACCACACCAAAGCCAAGAGGCCGAAUAUCAUCUACAUCAUGGCAGACCAGCUCGCGGCGCCCAUGCUCAAGAUGCACAAUGCCGACUCGCAGAUCUUGACUCCCAACCUAGACGCGCUGGCGGCCAAGUCGGUGCAGUUUGACUCGGCCUACUGCCCGUCGCCGCUCUGCGCGCCGUCGAGGAUGAGCAUGAUCACAGGGCUGCUGCCCAUGAAGAUCGGGGCGUACGACAACGCGACCCAGAUCUCGAGCGACAUACCCACGUAUGCACACUACCUGCGGCUGCAGGGCUACCACACCGUCUUAGCAGGCAAAAUGCAUUUCGUAGGGGACCAGCUCCACGGCUACGAGACCCGGCUGACCAGCGACAUCUACCCGGGCGACUUCGGCUGGGUCGUCAACUGGGACGAGCCCGACACCAGGCUCGAGUGGUACCACAAUGCCAGCAGCAUCCUCCAGGCCGGUGUCUGCGUCCGGAGCAACCAGCUCGACUACGACGAGGAGGUCAUGUACCGGUCUACCCAGUUCUUGUACGACCACGUCCGCGAGGGCCCCGGUGCCCGCCCGUUCUGCUUGACGGUUUCACUCACACACCCCCACGAUCCAUACACCAUCGAGCAGAAGUACUGGGAUCUCUACGAGGGUGUCGAGAUCGACCUGCCCAAGGUCCGGAUCCCUAAAGAGGAGCAAGAUCCCCAUAGUAAGCGUCUGCUGAAUGUCUGCGACCUCUGGGAUCAAGAUUUCAGCGACGACCAGAUCAAACGGGCGCGCCGAGCCUAUUAUGGCGCAGUUAGCUACGUUGACGAUUGCAUCGGGAAGCUUCUCGCUGUGCUCAAGCAAUGCCGGCUAGACGAAAACACCAUUGUCGUCUUCAGCGGCGACCAUGGAGACAUGCUUGGCGAGCGGGGGCUUUGGUACAAGAUGAACUACUUUGAGAGUUCUGCACGCGUGCCGCUCUUGGUGUCGUAUCCGCAAAGGUUCCCGCCGCGCCGCGUCUCCGAGAACGUGUCUACGCUAGACAUCCUCCCGACCAUGUGCGAUCUUGUCGGGACCAAGCCUUUCUCGGCACUCCCCAUGGACGGGGUGUCGCUGCUGCCGCACCUGGAAGGGCGGCCGGGGGGCCACGAUGAGGUCAUCGCCGAGUACACGGGAGAAGGGACAAUCAGCCCGCUCAUGAUGAUCAGACGCGGGUCGUGGAAGUACAUCACCUGCCCGUCCGACGGCUCGCAGCUGUUCAACCUGGAGACGGACCCCCUGGAGCUGCACGAUCUGGCAAAGACGCUGAGGAAAACGGCAGCAACUACCGCCGUGGCUGACGACGAGAUGACGAGGGCGGUUUUGGAGGCCUUCGAAGCUGAGGCGAAAGCCAGGUGGGAUUUCGACAAAAUCACCCAAGAUGUUGUCUUCUCUCAGCGAAAACGCCGCCUGGUGUGGGCGGCGCUCAAGAAGGGCCACUUUACCAGCUGGGACUUUGACCCCCAAGACGACGGAAGGGAAAAGUAUAUCCGCUCGCAUAUUCCUCUGGACGACCUGGAGCGGAGAGCCCGGUUCCCCGCCGUUGACGCCUAUGGCCGCGAGACGGGUACCGACCGAGCACUGCCCGCAGACACUGUCGGGUUGCGCAAAGCAGCCAUGGCGUCGCUCAAUCUGGCUCCCGAAGAGCUCAAGCAGCUCGAGAUGGUGCGCAACCGGCUGCUCCAGCUCACCCACACCUUCGUGAGCGUGCACACGAAUGUGGUCAAUAGCCAGCCACUCCCUAGCCGAGAAUCCCUCCAGGCGCAGGCUACGAUCCUGCAGCAAAAUGUCAAGUCCAUCCAGGACAUUGCCAACGAAAACUCGCAGCUUUUCCAGCGCGUCGCCCUCCACCCGUCGACCAACUUCCCCGGCCGCACCCAGGAGCACGUCCUGCAUUCGCUUCUACGCAAGAAGCUGGACCCCGAGGUCGAGCGGUGCGUGGAGGGGGCUCGCGACGCGGCGAAGGCCGCCGGCGUGGAUCCCAGCAAGCUGGACAUUGGGCGGGGGCCGGGUGGCAGCAGAGGCUACGGCAACUACGGCGACGAAGACGACGUGGACUUUGAUUUCGAUCCGGAAGCAGACGCCCCGUCGGACCCGCUCAACACGCAGUGGGCCGACAUUGACCACACGUCAAAAGACAUUGGCUCCCAGUACCUCCGGAACCAGCUGAGCCAGCCAUACACGGUGGCAGAGCAGCAGAUGGGGAUACAGAACGUGCGCACCGGUCUACGGCGCAUUCUUAGGAAAGAGAACACAGCGUACGAGAGCGACGAGGAUGACGAGGAUGAGGACGACGACGAGGACGACGAGGACGAGGAGAUGGCGGAUGCUGGAGCAAAGGAUGGGGCGGGUCGCGCUGGAGGGCUGGAAGGGGGUCCCGGAGCGGCUCCCAAGCGCGAGCCUGAGCAGGUCCUGUGGUUCGCGGCCAGGGGCGAUACCAGCCUACCGUCCAACGUGGAGCUAGAGUGGCAGCGCAAGCAGCGAGAAGCCAAAGCCAAGGGGAUGGGUGGUAUGUAG